AUGUUGUUUCAGGAACACAAGAUGGGUCUGAAAAUUGGGGAUACGUUGAAGUUCGCCCGAGGAGCUUCUGGAGUUGGAUUUGGAAAUUUCUUUGAAAUAGGACCAUUGGAUAUAAACUUAGAGCCCCGAAAUUCAACUUGGCUCAAGAAAGCUGAUCUGCUAUUUGUGGAUAGCCCAGUUGGAACAGGUUUUAGCUACGUCGAGGAUGAAAAGUUAGCAGUUAAGACUGAUGAAGAGUCGGCAACAGAUUUAACAACCAUGUUGAAGUUUCUGUUCAAUAAUGAUGAGAGCCUCCAGAAAAGCCCUUUGUACAUUUUUGCAGAAUCCUAUGGAGGGAAGUUUGCUGUUACACUUGGGGUGUCAGCUCUUAAGGCAAUUGAAGCAGGGGAAUUAAAACUUCAACUUGGAGGCAAUAAUUUAUUUCUUCUAUCUAGAUACACUUACGCACUGUUUCAUUAG